AUGGCGACAAUCAUUGGUGGCGCCGCGAUAUCCUCCUGUUCGACGUUAGAGGUACUGCCGGACGAGAUCUUGUCACACAUCCUUUCUUUCGUCCCGUUUUCGAAGAAGAACUGGCUCAGCAUCAGCCUGACAUCUCCUCGUCUGCGAGAUGUGGCCACGAAAUCGGUCACAGGCAUCGCGAAGCAACAGACCCCACUGCUCUUUUCGCUGUUCCACCAACCCUAUAUCGACGCUGAAACGGUCGGUUAUAUGGUAGAGGUCCAUAGCGCACUGAGUCACUUCGCGGAAUAUGCCACUGUCGCAGUCGGACCGAGCUCGGGCCACUGGGGACGGUAUCAGAGCAUCCUCCUCGGUGCAGCCAUCAUCACGAGGAUAUUGUACGCGAACCGUCUGCUCAGGACCACCAAGGGAAACCAUGCCGCAGAAGCGUUUCUCGACCGAGCAAUUGCAUCCUGCUUGGGGGAAUCUGCAAUGCUACUGAUCAGAUACACUACUCUAUGUUCUUUCCACUGCUUCAUGCGCGCUAGGGCUAGUGCCCAGGAAACGUGCAACGAGUCAAAGAGAGCAGUUGCAGAAAGGUUCGAUCAGGAUAUGUUUCUCCGGUUCGAAGCAUCCCUCCUUAUGACCGGCUUGGGGUUUGGUGAACAGGUCUUCGAGUACGUACACGAAUGGAGCAGCCGCAUGAUAUCCGGCGGCACGGCUCCUGUCCGAGCGUUUGCUGUGGGGCGACAGAGGCACAGCUGGCGACAGAGUGCACUCGAAGAAGAAGUGCAGACUUGGUGGCGGGACGUACGUAGCAGCCCAGAGGGGAGGAUUGCCAUCGAGGCCGCUUCUCAACGGAAUAUGCAGGCAAAACCUGCUGACGCGAAUGAAGCGAUUUGUACGCUAUUCCAUGGGUCAGGUCAGCCACCAGCGGCUCUCCGAAUAGCAGACUUGCAGGAGUUAGGGAGGAAACUGAGUUUUGAGUCGGACAAGGCUCUUGGGCUUGGUAGAUGUUGA